GGAGGGAACCCUAGGGGCGGGGCCUAGGCCUGGCCCACCGGCGUUUCUGGCGGUGGCUGCGGGAGAUGCUGGGCUUUAUGAGGCCCGAAGAAGAGGAGCGUCCCCAGGCAGUGCGCACGCCAGCCGCGACCCUUCGCCUCUGAGAGAACUCAGCUGCAAAGUUCCGUCCUCGCCAUGGCGCCCGGAGAGAAGAUCAAAGCCAAAAUCAAAAAGAACCUCCCGGUCCGAGGCCCCCAGGCACCGACCAUCAAGGACCUGAUGCGCUGGUACUGCCUGAACACCAACACCCACGGCUGCCGCCGCAUCGUGGUGUCCCGGGGCCGCCUCCGGCGUCUGCUGUGGAUCGCGUUCACGCUAACGGCAGUGGCCCUCAUUCUCUGGCAGUGCGCCCUCCUCGUCUUCUCUUUCUACACCGUCUCCGUCUCCAUCAAAGUGCACUUCCAGAAACUGGAUUUCCCCGCCGUCACAAUCUGCAAUAUCAACCCCUACAAGUACAGCGCCGUGAGCGACCUUCUGACUGACUUGGAUGCUGAGACAAGACAGGCCUUGCUGUCCUUAUACGGGGUCAAAGACUUUCCAGAGGUUAAAUCUCGGGAACGCCGGGAGGCAGGAUCGAUGAGAUCCACUUGGGAAGGCCCGCCACCCAGAUUCCUCAACUUGAUCCCAUUGCUGGUCUUCAAUGAGAAUGAGAAGGGGAAGGCCAGGGACUUCUUCACUGGCCGGAAGCGCAAGAUCAGUGGGAAAAUCAUUCACAAGGCUUCCAACGUCAUGCACGUUCACGAGUCGAAGAAGUUGGUGGGAUUCCAAUUGUGCUCAAAUGACACCUCUGACUGUGCCACCUACACCUUCAGCUCUGGAAUCAAUGCCAUCCAAGAGUGGUACAAGCUUCACUACAUGAAUAUCAUGGCACAGGUGCCUCUAGAGAAGAAAAUCAACAUGAGCUAUUCUGCCGAAGAACUACUGGUGACCUGCUUCUUUGAUGGGAUGUCCUGUGAUGCCAGGAACUUCACGCUUUUCCACCAUCCAAUGUACGGGAAUUGCUACACGUUCAACAACAGAGAGAAUGCCACCAUCCUCAGCACCUCCAUGGGGGGCAGUGAGUAUGGGCUGCAAGUCAUCCUAUACAUCAAUGAAGACGAAUACAACCCCUUCCUGGUGUCCUCCACUGGAGCCAAGGUGCUUAUCCAUCAGCAGAAUGAGUACCCCUUCAUCGAAGACGUGGGGACCGAGAUUGAGACAGCGAUGUCCACCUCCAUAGGAAUGCACCUGACAGAAUCCUUCAAGCUGAGCGAACCUUACAGCCAGUGCACGGAGGAUGGCAGUGAUGUGCCCAUCACCAACAUCUACAACGCUGCUUACUCCCUCCAGAUCUGUCUUUAUUCAUGCUUCCAGACGAAGAUGGUGGAAAAAUGUGGCUGUGCCCAGUACAGCCAGCCCCUUCCUCCAGCAGCCAAUUACUGCAACUAUCAACAGAACCCCAACUGGAUGUAUUGCUACUACCAGCUGUACCAGGCCUUUGUCCGGGAAGAACUGGGCUGCCAAUCAGUGUGCAAGCAAGCCUGCAGCUUUAAGGAAUGGACGCUGACCACCAGCCUGGCACAGUGGCCAUCUGAGGCUUCCGAGAAGUGGUUGCUGAAUGUUCUCACCUGGGACCAAGGCCAGCAAAUAAACAAAAAGCUCAACAAAACUGACCUGGCUAAGCUCUUGAUAUUCUACAAAGACCUGAACCAAAGAUCCAUCAUGGAGAGCCCAGCCAACAGUAUUGAGAUGCUUCUGUCCAACUUCGGUGGACAGCUGGGCCUGUGGAUGAGCUGUUCAGUCGUCUGCGUCAUCGAAAUCAUAGAAGUCUUCUUCAUCGACUUCUUCUCUAUCAUCGCCCGACACCAGUGGCAGAAAGCCAAAGAUUGGUGGGCCCGUAGGCGGUCACCUCCCUCCCCCGAGACUCACGCCAGCCAGCAGGGCCAGGAUAAUCCAGCUCUGGAUAUAGAUGAUGGCCUGCCCACUUUCACCUCUGCAAUGCGCCUGCCUCCAGCCCCAGGGCCCACAGUACCUGGCACGCCACCCCCCAGAUACAACACCUUGCGCUUGGACAGUGCCUUUUCCUCCCAGCUCACAGACACUCAGUUGACUGAUGAGUUCUGAGGCAGGAUUGGAGGGACAAUCAUGGUCUGAGGAAACUCUCUUCCUGACACAGAAGGGCCCUCCUAUCCCGGCUCUGGGCUUUUGAUACAUGACUUAUAGCCUGCUGUGAACAGAACAGGGCCACGAAAUCUGCAGAAGGAUACUAUGGGCCCUUCCCCAACACUCCUGACUUCCAGGAUGAGCUACAUUCUGUAGCCUGGACUCUGCAAUUCUGAGCUAGAGAGCCAACAGUAACGGCCUGGGCCAACAGUGAGCUCUUCACGGGAUCCUGAGAAAGAAGCGUGCUUCCAGAGCCCCAAGCUCAAGAGUUUACCCACAAUACCCCUGGCCUAGGUUGCUGCCCAAGCACGUGAUCUUGGGUAGCAAGGUUGGCCAGCCAUUGCCUGGCAUGUGUGACAGAAGAAAUUACCACUGGCCUUGGAUCCCAGCUGUUGGUUGCUAACCUAGUCAUUGACAUGGGGACAAGGUGUCCUCUCUGCCCUCAGACAGACAUUUGGCCCAGAGCCAGAGAGCAUGUUUGGAGAGGGCACAGUAGAGAGAGGCCAAUGGGUGUGACAGGAUGUCCCUACUCUGGCAUCAGGGUGGGGCAGGAGAGAAAGGCCAGUUAAAGGGCAUAGCUAGACACUCCUGACAAAUAGUACUCCCAUGAUCUCAAUUCAAGAGUGAAAUACUGGGAGCUGUGUUAAGCACGUACAUAAGUCCCCUGAGGGCAUAACAUUCUUUCUUUGAGCUGAAUAUGUAUGUGUGAGAAUAUGUGUGUGUGAGUAUGUGAGUAUGUAUGUAUGUGUUCAUAAUUUUUAUAUAGCUAAUAUAUACGUGUAUAUCAAAAAGAGAAUAUUUUGUGACUUGUGAAGAUUACAUGUGAUUCAAAUGUUAGUGUCUAUAAAUAAAGUUUUAUUGAUACAUGGCUAUGCCAAUUUAUUUAUACUUUGUUCGUGGCUGCUAUGAAUUAACACAUUAAACAUUAAAACAUUGGCCUUUUCAAUAAAUAA